CGAUUACGAUGAACGCAUCCAUUUGUUUAAGGGAGGGGUUGUGUGUAUGAAAAGGCAGAAUACUUUAUUUCUACAUGCAUAUUUGUAGUAGUUCAGAGUUUCACUUUCACUCUUUACUCCUAAGUGCCCUGUAAAGAUUCCCCGGACAAAGAGAUCGGUGAAAUGGCGAGCGAGAAGGCAGUUUUGUUCAAUCUGUGGGGUGUCGUGGUUUCUCCCAGACCCGCAGAAACUUUCCUCAAAUUCGAAGAGACCCACAAACUCCCCAGUGGUUUUCUGGAGAAGCUGGUGACAAACGAGAACAGCGCCAUGCAACGUGCAGAGAGGGGCAAACUCACCCUCUCUCAGAUGAUCCCAGAACUUGAUGCAGAGUGUGUGAGUGCAGCAUCUGACCAGAAGGUCAGUCUUCCUACUGGGUUCUCUGUGAAGAGCCUGUUGGAGGAACUCAGAGACUCAACCACCGUCAACAAACACAUUCUGCAGACUGUAGCUACACUCCGCAGACAAGGGUUAUUGACAGGUGUGUUGGCCAACCAGUGGGUGGAUGACAGUGGGUAUGGAGAUAGCUCUGGCCGUCUCCUCUCUCUGCUGGGCGGACAUUUUGAUGUGGUGCUACAGUCCUGUCGUACUGGCCUCAGGGUCCCAGAGGCCGACCUGUUCAUCUCCGCUCUCAAACAGCUGGGAGUGCCUCCGAAACAGGCUCUGUGGUUGGCUGAUGAUGAGGAGGGGGUGGGAGCAGCAGAGGCAUUAGGGAUGACAGCUGUUCUGGUGAAGGACCUGCCUGAAGCUCUGAAACAAGUAGAGACCUUCGCUGGAGUACAGGCCGUAACAGGGGAAAGCUACCCAGCCUCUUGCAACCCAGAAGAAGUUUCUCAUGGAUAUGUCACCAUCAAGCCCGAUGUAAAGCUGCACUAUGUGGAGAUGGGGGCGGGGCCUCCGGUCAUGCUGUGUCACGGCUUCCCUGAGAGCUGGUACUCCUGGAGAUAUCAGAUCCCAGCUCUAGCUGAUGCAGGGUUUAGAGUGGUUUCUCUGGACAUGAAGGGCUAUGGACAGUCUACAGCUCCACCAGAUAUAGAGGAGUACUCACAGGAACAGAUCUGCCAGGAUCUUGUGACUUUCAUGGAUAAAAUGGGUAUUCCCCAGGUGACUCUGGUUGGUCAUGAUUGGGGUGGAUCUGUGGUCUGGAACAUGGCCCAGUGUCACCCAGAGAGAGUCAGAGCGGUCGCUUCCCUGAACACCCCUCUGUUCCCUGUGGACCCCUCCAAGGAUCCAAUGGAGUUCAUGAAGACUGUGCCCAUCUUUAACUACCAACUCUACUUCCAGAAACCCGGUGUAGCUGAGACUGAGAUGGAGAAAGAUCUGGCAAGGACCUUCAAGAUCUUCUUCCGUGGCAGUGGAGAUAAGGAUAAUGUUCCUACUAUCAACACUGCUGGAGUUUGUGCCAGAGGUGGUCUGUUCGUAGGACUACCAGACGAGAUACCCAGGAACUCUAUCCUCAGUGAGACUGCUCUGCAGUUCUACAUCACUCAGUUCAAAGACAAGGGAUUCAGAGGGCCACUGAACUGGUACCGUAAUGUGGUGAGCAACUGGAAAUGGCUAUGCUCCCGACCCAGAGCUAAGCUCUUGAUGCCAGCUCUCAUGGUGACCACUGGUAAAGAUCCUGUUCUGCUGCCUGUCUUCUCCAGGGGAAUGGAAAACACGAUCCCCAACCUAACCAGAGGACACAUUGAGGAGUGUGGACACUGGACCCAGAUAGAAAAGCCAUCUGAGCUGAACACCAUUCUGAUCUCAUGGCUGAAGGACACUCACAGCAACACUGGGGUUGCCGUGACACCCAAGCUGUGAUCAGUUACCAGGACUGGCCACUCCUCGGAGCCUGGUUCCUCUCUAGGUUUCUUCCUAGGUUCCUGCAGGUUGACGUUUAUUUGGUCUUGUCCUGGAAGCAGAGCUGAGCCAUUUGUACUAGAUGGGUCAGCUGCAAGGUCAAAAUUGGCUAUAUAAAUAUAAAUAUAUACUGAACAAAAAUAUAAACGUGACAUGCAACAAUUUCAAAGAUUUUACUGAGUUAUAGUUCAUAUGAGGAAAUCAGUCAAUUUAAAUUCAUUUAUUAGGCUCUAAUGUAUGGAUUUCACAUGACUGGGAAGGGUCGUAGACCCACCCACUUUGGAGUCAGGCCCAGCCAAUCAGAAUGAGUUUUUCCCCACAAAAGGGCUUUAUGCCAGUAGCAUACCACCCUGCAUACCACUACUGGCUUGCUUCUGAAGCUAAGCCGGGUUGGUCCUGGUCAGUCCCUGGAUGGGAGACCAGAUGCUGCUGGAAGUGGUGUUGGAGGGCCAGUAGGAGGCACUCUUUCCUCUCGUCUAAAAAAUAUCCCAAUGCCCCAGAGCAGUGAUUGGGGACACUGCCCUGUGUAGGGUGCCGUCUUUCGGAUGGGACGUUAAACGGGUGUCCUGACUCUCUGAGGUCAUUAAAGAUCCCAUGGCACUUAUCGUAAGAGUAGGGGUGUUAACCCCGGUGUCCUGGCUAAUUUCCCAAUCUGGCCCUCAAACCAUCAUGGUCACCUAAUAAUCCCCAGUUUACAAUUGGCUCAUUCAUCCCCCUCCUCUCCCCUGUAACUAUUCCCCAGGUCGUUGCUGCAAAUGAGAACGUGUUCUCAGUCAACUUACCUGGUAAAAUAACGGCAAAUAAAUAAAUAAAUAAAUAAAUUACAGACAGAAAUACUCCUCAGUUUCAUCAGCUGUCCGAGUGGCUGGUCUCAGACGAUCCUGCAACCGGGAUGUGCAGGUCUUGGGCUGGCGUAGUUACACUGCGGUUGUGAGGCCGGUUGGAUGUACUACCAAAUUCUCUAAAACGACGUUGGAGGCGGCUUAUGGUAGAGAAAUUAACAUUAAAUUAUCUGGCAACAGCUCUGGUGGACAUUCCUUCAGUCAGCACGCUAAUUGCACAUUCACUCAAUAUUUGAGACAUCUGUGGCAUAGUUUUGUGUGACAGAACUGAACAUUUUAUAGUGGUCUUUUAUUGUCCCCCAGCACAAGGUGCACCUGUGUAAUGAUCAUGUUUAAUCAGCUUCUUGAUAUGCCACACCUGUCAGGUGAAUGGAUUAUCUUGGCGAAGGAGAAAUGCUCACUAACAGGGAUAAAAACAAAUUUGUACACACAAUUUAAGAGAAAUGCGCUUUUGUUUUGCGUAGGGAACAUUUCUGAGAUCUUUUAUUUAAGCUCAUGAAACAUGGGACCAACACUUCAUAUUUUUGUUCAGUAUAUAAUUGAAAGCUGGGCAUAAGGUUAACAGUGUGCUUAAGUUUAGGUUCAAUAACAUUGUGACUGUGCCAGCUAGUGACCACCCUGCAGCACUGCCUCCAGAACACGAGUCAUCCCAAUAAAAUGCCAACUUUCCUUCUAGAGAGGUUUUUCAACUAUGCUUCUGCUUCAACAUUGUUUGCUCUCUGGGGGGUUUUAGCCUGGGCAUCUGCAAAGCACUUGGUGACAACUGCUGAUGUAAAAAGGGCUUUAGAAAUUACAUUUGAUUGAUUGACAAUUUAUUCCCCUUUUAAGUGCACUACUUUUGAAAAUGCACUUUCUAGUGCACUAGGAAAUAGGCUGAGCAUUCAUCAUGAUUGAUUAUUAAUACACAAAGACGCUUGACUCUUCUGAAGAGAUGCACCCGCAGUGGGCGAAAAGGCUGUAACCACAACACUUCUAGCACCAGGUCUCAAAACUUCCCCUUUAAAUGAGACAUUUCAUGAGAAAGUGGCGAUUUAAUAUAUGCAGAUAUAAACAGUGUGGUAAUGUUGUUUAUAUCUGUACAGUUAUGAGCAGCAAUGUUCCAUUCUCGUUUUGCAAAAAAAUGUUUCCCCGAAAAACCCAGAACUAAAGUAUGGCGUAAUUGGUCAGAUGCUAGAACCAGAUCUAGGAGCUCCACCCUCUCUCUUUUGAAAUUAAGGACAGAUGCCCCCCCCCCCCCCCACCCCCCACUCUUCCAAAUUUCAAAAGAUACUAAAACCUGCGAAAUCGUAAUUUUUUGUCAAAAUAACCAGUGACGAAAAAACCCAAACACCAGAUCUACUGCUGGUCGUUAGCUAUCGGGGACCCCUUAGUAUAAAGACAGAUCAAUGGUGGCGUUUAUGUUGACAGAGUCUGUCCACCAGUGAUGAUGCAACAAUCGAUGCAUCGCGUCUAUUUGAUAUGUUGUGGUUAGGCUACUUUGUGGACUGCCCGUCUGCGUUUAUUUCAUCCACACUGUCAGGGAUAUAAUCAAGCAAUAAGGCCCGAGGGGGUGUGGUAUAUGGCCAAUAUACCACGGCUAAGGGCUGUUCUUACCCACGAUGCAACAUGGAGUGCCUGGAUACAGCCCUUAGCCGUGGUAUAUUGGCCAUAUACCACACCUCCUCGGGCCUUAUUGCUAUUAUAAACUGGUUACCAACAUAAUUAGAGCAGUAAAAAAUACAUGUUUUGUCGUAACCUGUGGUAUACGGUCUGAUAUACCACGGCUGUCAGCCAAUCAGCAUUCAUGCCUCGAACCACCCAGUUUAUAUUAGUUAUUAUUAGCUUGUCUUCUACCAUAACUUAACUAUUAAUAUGCCUACUAGCUAACAACUAUAAUGCCAUUAGUAUUCAACAAUUAUAAUUUGAGGUGUUAUGUCGACUGUGUGUUCUCCUGUUGAUUGAAAGCCCUGUUGUAAUGGUAUUUUCCUGCACUGGGCUUCAUACUAUUAAACUGGCUGUGAGAAAGGUUGAGGGCUAGGUGAAGACGGGAGGAGAUUAGUGGGUGGGUAAUUACACACGUUCAUAUUAACACACGUUCAUAAUUACACACGUUCAUAUUAACACACGUUCAUAAUUACACACGUUCAUAUUAACACACGUUUAUAAUUACACACGUUCAUAAUUACACACGUUCAUAUUAACACACGUUUAUAAUUACACACGUUCAUAAUUACACACGUUCAUAUUAACACACGUUCAUAAUUACACACGUUCAUAAUUACACACGUUUAUAAUUACACACGUUCAUAAUAACACACGUUCAUAUUAACACACGUUCAUAAUAACACACGUUCAUAUUAACACACGUUUAUAAUUACACACGUUCAUAAUUACACACGUUCAUAAUUACACACGUUCAUAAUUACACACGUUCAUAUUAACACACGUUCAUAAUUACACACGUUCAUAAUUACACACGUUCAUAUUAACACACGUUCAUAAUUACACACGUUCAUAAUUACACACGUUCAUAAUUACACACGUUCAUAAUUACACACGUUCCUAAUUACACACGUUCAUAAUUACACACGUUUAUAAUAACACACGUUUAUAAUAACACACGUUCAUAUUAACACACGUUCAUAAUUACACACGUUCAUAUUAACACACGUUCAUAAUUACACACGUUCAUAUUAACACACGUUCAUAUUAACACACGUUCAUAAUUACACACGUUCAUAUUAACACACGUUUAUAAUUACACACGUUCAUAAUUACACACGUUCAUAUUAACACACGUUCAUAAUUACACACGUUCAUAAUUACACACGUUCAUAUUAACACACGUUCAUAAUUACACACGUUCAUAAUUACACACGUUCAUAAUUACACACGUUCAUAAUUACACACGUUCAUAUUAACACACGUUCAUAAUAACACACGUUCAUAUUAACACACGUUCAUAAUUACACACGUUCAUAAUUACACACGUUCAUAAUUACACACGUUCAUAUUAACACACGUUCAUAUUAACACACGUUCAUAAUUACACACGUUCAUAAUUACACACGUUCAUAUUAACACACGUUCAUAAUUACACACGUUCAUAAUUACACACGUUCAUAAUUACACACGUUCAUAAUUACACACGUUCAUAAUUACACACGUUCCUAAUUACACACGUUCAUAAUUACACACGUUUAUAAUAACACACGUUUAUAAUAACACACGUUCAUAUUAACACACGUUCAUAAUUACACACGUUCAUAUUAACACACGUUCAUAAUUACACACGUUCAUAUUAACACACGUUCAUAUUAACACACGUUCAUAAUUACACACGUUCAUAUUAACACACGUUUAUAAUUACACACGUUCAUAAUUACACACGUUCAUAUUAACACACGUUCAUAAUUACACACGUUCAUAAUUACACACGUUCAUAUUAACACACGUUCAUAAUUACACACGUUCAUAAUUACACACGUUCAUAAUUACACACGUUCAUAAUUACACACGUUCAUAAUAACACACGUUCAUAUUAACACACGUUCAUAAUUACACACGUUCAUAAUUACACACGUUCAUAAUUACACACGUUCAUAUUAACACACGUUCAUAUUAACACACGUUCAUAAUUACACACGUUCAUAAUAACACACGUUCAUAAUUACACACGUUCAUAUUAACACGUUCAUAAUUACACACGUUCAUAUUAACACACGUUCAUAAUUACACACGUUCAUAAUUACACACGUUCAUAAUUACACACGUUCAUAAUUACACACGUUCAUAAUUACACACGUUCAUAAUUACACACGUUCAUAUUAACACACGUUCAUAAUUACACACGUUCAUAAUUACACACGUUCAUAAUUACACACGUUCAUAAUUACACACGUUCAUAAUUACACACGUUCAUAAUUACACACGUUCAUAAUUACACACGUUCAUAAUUACACACUUUCAUAUUAACACACGUUCAUAUUAACACACGUUCAUAAUUACACACGUUCAUAAUUACACACGUUCAUAAUUACACACGUUCAUAAUUACACACGUUCAUAUUAACACACGUUCAUAUUAACACACGUUCAUAUUUACACACGUUCAUAAUUACACACGUUCAUAAUUACACACGUUCAUAUUAACACACGUUCAUAAUUACACACGUUCAUAAUUACACACGUUCAUAUUAACACACGUUCAUAUUAACACACGUUCAUAUUAACACACGUUCAUAAUUACACACGUUCAUAAUUACACACGUUCAUAUUAACACACGUUCAUAAUUACACACGUUCAUAUUAACACACGUUCAUAAUUACACACGUUCAUAAUUACACACGUUCAUAAUUACACACGUUCAUAAUUACACACGUUCAUAAUUAACACACGUUCAUAAUUACACACGUUCAUAAUUACACACGUUCAUAAUUACACACGUUCAUAAUUACACACGUUCAUAUUAACACACGUUCAUAAUUACACACGUUCAUAAUUACACACGUUCAUAAUUACACACGUUCAUAUUAACACACGUUCAUAAUUACACACGUUCAUAUUAACACACGUUCAUAAUUACACACGUUCAUAAUAACACACGUUCAUAAUUACACACGUUCAUAAUUACACACGUUCAUAAUUACACACGUUCAUAUUAACACACGUUCAUAUUAACACACGUUCAUAAUAACACACGUUCAUAAUUACACACGUUCAUAAUUACACACGUUCAUAUUAACACACGUUCAUAAUAACACACGUUCAUAAUUACACACGUUCAUAAUUACACACGUUCAUAAUUACACACGUUAAUAAUUACACACGUUCAUAAUUACACACGUUCAUAUUACACACGUUCAUAAUUACACACGUUCAUAUUACACACGUUCAUAUUAACACACGUUCAUAAUAACACACGUUCAUAAUUACACACGUUCAUAAUUACACACGUUCAUAAUUACACACGUUCAUAUUAAGACACGUUCAUAAUUACACACGUUCAUAAUUACACACGUUCAUAUUAACACACGUUCAUAAUAACACACGUUCAUAUUAACACACGUUCAUAAUUACACACGUUCAUAAUUACACACGUUCAUAUUAACACACGUUCAUAUUAACACACGUUCAUAAUAACACACGUUCAUAAUUAACACACGUUCAUAUUAACACACGUUCAUAAUUACACACGUUCAUAUUAACACACGUUCAUAUUAACACACGUUCAUAAUAACACACGUUCAUAAUUAACACACGUUCAUAAUUACACACGUUCAUAUUAACACACGUUCAUAAUUACACACGUUCAUAUUAACACACGUUCAUAAUUACACACGUUCAUAAUUACACACGUUCAUAAUAACACACGUUCAUAAUUACACACGUUCAUAUUAACACACGUUCAUAAUUACACACGUUCAUAUUAACACACUUUCAUAAUUACACACGUUCAUAAUUACACACGUUCAUAAUUACACACGUUCAUAAUAACACACGUUCAUAAUUACACACGUUCAUAUUAACACACGUUCAUAAUUACACACGUUCAUAAUAACACACGUUCAUAAUUACACACGUUCAUAAUUACACACGUUCAUAAUUACACACGUUCAUAAUUACACGCGUUCAUAUUAACACACGUUCAUAAUUACACACGUUCAUAAUUACACACGUUCAUAAUUACACACGUUCAUAAUAACACACGUUCAUAAUUACACACGUUCAUAUUAACACACGUUCAUAAUUACACACGUUCAUAUUAACACACGUUCAUAAUUACACACGUUCAUAAUAACACACGUUCAUAAUUACACACGUUCAUAAUUACACACGUUCAUAAUUACACACGUUCAUAAUUACACACGUUCAUAUUAACACACGUUCAUAUUAACACACGUUCAUAAUAACACACGUUCAUAAUUACACACGUUCAUAAUUACACACGUUCAUAUUAACACACGUUCAUAAUAACACACGUUCAUAAUUACACACGUUCAUAAUUACACACGUUCAUAAUUACACACGUUCAUAAUUACACACGUUCCUAUUACACACGUUCAUAAUUACACACGUUCAUAUUACACACGUUCAUAUUAACACACGUUCAUAAUAACACACGUUCAUAAUUACACACGUUCAUAAUUACACACGUUCAUAAUUACACACGUUCAUAUUAACACACGUUCAUAAUUACACACGUUCAUAAUUACACACGUUCAUAUUAACACACGUUCAUAAUAACACACGUUCAUAUUAACACACGUUCAUAAUUACACACGUUCAUAAUUACACACGUUCAUAUUAACACACGUUCAUAUUAACACACGUUCAUAAUAACACACGUUCAUAAUAACACACGUUCAUAAUUAACACACGUUCAUAUUAACACACGUUCAUAAUUACACACGUUCAUAAUAACACACGUUCAUAAUUAACACACGUUCAUAAUUACACACGUUCAUAUUAACACACGUUCAUAAUUACACACGUUCAUAUUAACACACGUUCAUAAUUACACACGUUCAUAAUUACACACGUUCAUAAUAACACACGUUCAUAAUUACACACGUUCAUAUUAACACACGUUCAUAAUUACACACGUUCAUAUUAACACACGUUCAUAAUUACACACGUUCAUAAUUACACACGUUCAUAAUUACACACGUUCAUAAUAACACACGUUCAUAAUUAACACACGUUCAUAAUUACACACGUUCAUAUUAACACACGUUCAUAAUUACACACGUUCAUAAUUACACACGUUCAUAUUAACACACGUUCAUAUUAACACACGUUCAUAAUUACACACGUUCAUAUUAACACACGUUCAUAAUUACACACGUUCAUAAUUACACACGUUCAUAUUAACACACGUUCAUAUUAACACACGUUCAUAAUUACACACGUUCAUAUUAACACACGUUCAUAAUUACACACGUUCAUAAUAACACACGUUCAUAAUUACACACGUUCAUAAUUACACACGUUCAUAAUUACACACGUUCAUAAUUACACACGUUCAUAAUUACACACGUUCAUAUUAACACACGUUCAUAUUUACACACGUUCAUAAUCACACACGUUCAUAUUAACACACGUUCAUAUUAACACACGUUCAUAAUUACACACGUUCAUAUUAACACACGUUCAUAAUUACACACGUUCAUAAUUACACACGUUCAUAUUAACACACGUUCAUAUUAACACACGUUCAUAAUUACACACGUUCAUAUUAACACACGUUCAUAAUUACACACGUUCAUAAUAACACACGGUCAUAAUUACACACGUUCAUAUUAACACACGUUCAUAAUUACACACGUUCAUAAUUACACACGUUCAUAAUUACACACGUUCAUAAUUACACACGGUCAUAUUAACACACGUUUAUAAUUACACACGUUCAUAAUUACACACGUUCAUAAUUACACACGUUCAUAAACGUUCAUAAUAACACACGUUCAUAAUUACACACGUUCAUAAUUACACACGUUCAUAACCGUUCAUAAUUACACACGUUCAUAUUAACACACGUUCAUAAUAACACACGUUCAUAUUAACACACGUUCAUAAUUACACACGUUCAUAAUUACACACGUUCAUAUUAACACACGUUCAUAUUAACACACGUUCAUAUUAACACACGUUCAUAAUUACACACGUUCAUAAUUACACACGUUCAUAAUAACACACGUUCAUAAUUACACACGUUCAUAAUUACACACGUUCAUAAUAACACACGUUCAUAACCGUUCAUAAUAACACACGUUCAUAAUUACACACGUUCAUAAUUACACACGUUCAUAACCGUUCAUAAUUACACACGUUCAUAAUUACACACGUUCAUAAUUACACACGUUCAUAAUAACACACGUUCAUAUUAACACACGUUCAUAUUAACACACGUUCAUAAUUACACACGUUCAUAAUUACACACGUUCAUAUUAACACACGUUCAUAAUAACACACGUUCAUAAUAACACACGUUCAUAAUUACACACGUUCAUAAUUACACACGUUUAUAAUUACACACGUUCAUAAUUACACACGUUCAUAAUAACACACGUUCAUAAUUACACACGUUCAUAAUAACACACGUUCAUAAUUACACACGUUCAUAUUAACACACGUUCAUAAUUACACACGUUCAUAAUUACACACGUUCAUAAUUAACACACGUUCAUAAUUACACACGUUCAUAUUAACACACUUUCAUAAUUACACACGUUCAUAAUUACACACGUUCAUAAUUAACACACGUUCAUAAUUACACACGUUCAUAUUAACACACGUUCAUAAUUACACGCGUUCAUAAUUACACACGUUCAUAAUUACACACGUUCAUAUUAACACACGUUUAUAAUUACACACGUUCAUAAUUACACACGUUCAUAAUUACACACGUUCAUAAACGUUCAUAAUAACACACGUUCAUAAUUACACACGUUCAUAAUUACACACGUUCAUAACCGUUCAUAAUUACACACGUUCAUAUUAACACACGUUCAUAAUAACACACGUUCAUAUUAACACACGUUCAUAAUUACACACGUUCAUAAUUACACACGUUCAUAUUAACACACGUUCAUAUUAACACACGUUCAUAUUAACACACGUUCAUAAUUACACACGUUCAUAAUUACACACGUUCAUAAUAACACACGUUCAUAAUUACACACGUUCAUAAUUACACACGUUCAUAAUAACCCACGUUCAUAACCGUUCAUAAUAACACACGUUCAUAAUUACACACGUUCAUAACCGUUCAUAAUUACACACGUUCAUAAUUACACACGUUCAUAAUUACACACGUUCAUAAUAACACACGUUCAUAUUAACACACGUUCAUAAUUACACACGUUCAUAAUUACACACGUUCAUAUUAACACACGUUCAUAAUAACACACGUUCAUAAUAACACACGUUCAUAAUUACACACGUUCAUAAUUACACACGUUUAUAAUUACACACGUUCAUAAUUACACACGUUCAUAAUAACACACGUUCAUAAUUACACACGUUCAUAAUAACACACGUUCAUAAUUACACACGUUCAUAUUAACACACGUUCAUAAUUACACACGUUCAUAAUUACACACGUUCAUAAUUAACACACGUUCAUAAUUACACACGUUCAUAUUAACACACGUUCAUAAUUACACACGUUCAUAAUUACACACGUUCAUAAUUAACACACGUUCAUAAUUACACACGUUCAUAUUAACACACGUUCAUAAUAACACACGUUCAUAAUUACACACGUUCAUAAUUACACACGUUUAUAUUAACACACGUUCAUAAUAACACACGUUCAUAAUUACACACGUUCAUAAUUACACACGUUCAUAUUAACACACGUUCAUAAUAACACACGUUCAUAAUUACACACGUUCAUAAUUACACACGUUCAUAUUAACACAAGGAAAAAGGGCUUUGAAGAUGCAAUGAUAUUUGUAAAUAAAUACUUUCCUUUAUUGUG